UAAAUUAUAACUUUCAAAAUGCAACUGAUAAGAUUUGCCAAAUAUAUUUGGCAACCAUUUAUAUAAAAACCCUAGAAUUAGUUGAACAAUAUUAUUUGUUUGAAAAUAACAACUAAAGCAACAACACAUUAACAAUAUGCUCACCUUCGAAGAAAUCGUUGAAAAGGCCAAGAACUUGACCAACAAGCCCACUCAAGAGGACUUUUUGGAAUUCUACGGUUACUACAAACAAGCCACCGUUGGUGACUGCAACACCGAUGAGCCCGAAGAUGCCAUCAGAAAGGCCAUGUGGAAUGCCUGGAAGGCCAAGGCUGGCACCAGCUCUGAAGAUGCCAAGGCCAAAUACGUAGAAGUCUACCACAAAUAUGCCCCCAAAUCCGAAUAAUUUUAUGUUUAUUUGGAAGUGUUUUGUAGCAGCAAAUUUUCUCAAUUUAAUUUAAAAAAAAAUUAUUUAUUUUACUUCGUAAUUUUCUGGUCAGUCCAAUGUUUAAGAAAGAAUAAAAGUAAUUUUCAAGUGAAA